AUGGCUGCUAAUGAUAUAGGCACAAAACGUGUCAUAAGACAAGAACAAAGCUAUAGUAAACAUGAACCGUAUUUCACACCCGUUAAUAACGAGUUGUCUGUUGACGGGCUGUCCGAUCCGAAUGGUCGAUCCAGACCGUCGAAUUAUGAUAGUCAAGUGAUCCAUUCAGCUGAUGCGUCACAACCAUCUGCAAGACGAAUUGUUGUUGUUCGAAAUCCAAAACAGCCAAAUGUACAUCAACAGCUACAAUCUAAUAUUAAUGAUUUACUACGACCAAAUUCAGCUACCUUAUUACCAUCAGAAACACAGACGCCGCAAAAGACGGUUUAUGUUAUACGUCGACCAAUACCUUCUACCUCAGGUCUUCCUCAGUCAGCUAAAAAAGAUUUACAACAUCUAUCAAAUGUUAUUAUUAUAGAUCAAACUCACAAGCCCAAAGUUCGCUCACCAAUUCUUUUGCAAGAUGAACCACCAUCAAAGAUUGAGACGCCUAUUCCUCCGGCAGAAGAAACAAAUGAAACAAAUGAUCCACAUAAGAAACCACUAACUGUACAUUUUCGACGCCCAUCACCACCAUACAAAAGAAUUGAUGAUGACACACCAAGAGAAACCACAAAAAAGCAAGUGCCCUUCCGAAAAGGAAAAACUGCUGGCGUUCAAAUUAGUCCGCCGAGAUCUCCUGUAGACGAAAGACCAGCUUAUGUGAAACAACAAAAAGUAACGUUUGUUGAUGACGAUCGAAUUAAAUCGGAUCAUAUGAACUCAUCAAGAUCCGCUACAUUGGUUAAUCCUGAAGAGCAAUCCAUCACAGUUAUGGAACAUCCUCACGUCAAAAAUGGUUUUAUCAAGGAGAAACGGCUAAGAACAAAUCAUGUAUACGAUAAAGCACAGGUACAUUAA